CCCCGCCGGUCCUGCCGACGUGGCGGGGCGGGACCCGGGGCUCCGGCGCGCACUCGGCGGCCAAGCGAUAUUAAAAUGUCUGAUGAUGCCAGUGACAUCAUAGCCAAUGAAGUCAGAGAAGAUGCUGCGGGACUGCCCCGGGGUGACUCCCCAGCUGAAGAUGGAGACGUGCGGUGUGGUCCAGCUACGACUUCAGAUGAGCCAGUGCCAGCUGACCACACUGGAGAGCAGCACGGGACCACAGCUGCAUGUGCAGAGACUGCCCCUACAGGGCUUCUAGAGCAGGCCAAGAUCAGUGAUGCCGAGGGGGCCCCCCUCAAUGGAGAAGUGACCGAGGACACUCUGGCUGAGUGCGUUGAUUCUGUCAGCCUCGAGGGAGAUACUGGAUCUGACAUUCCUCUGAAAGAACAGAACGAUGUGGCUGUGGACUCUCCACCACGGGCAGGAGGAUGGGCAGGCUGGGGAUCCUGGGGGAAAUCUCUGCUCUCAUCUGCAUCAGCCACAGUAGGUCAUGGAUUAACAGCAGUCAAAGAAAAGGCUGGGGCAACCCUACGAAUCCACAGUGCCAAUUCCAGGUCUCCUGAAGGGGUCCCAACUGAUGCCGACAACGGACCCUCUGAAAAUGUGACUCCGGAUCAGGACCCUGCCGGAAGCCCCCACCCUUCUCCUCCGCCAGGGGCAGCAGGGUCGAGGGGCAUGCUGUCAGCCCUCACCAACGCGGUUCAAAACACUGGCAAAAGCGUCUUAAGCGGAGGUCUGGAUGCUCUGGAAUUCAUUGGAAAGAAAACCAUGAAUGUCCUCGCAGAAAGCGACCCAGGGUUUAAGCGCACCAAGACGCUGAUGGAGAGAACCGUUUCCUUGUCCCAGAUGCUGAGAGAGGCCAAGGAGAAGGAGAAGCAGAGGCUGGCCCAGCAGCUCACAGUGGAGAGGACUGCACACUACGGGUUGCUUUUCGAUGAAUAUCAAGGUUUGUCACACCUGGAAGCCUUGGAAAUUCUGUCCAAUGAGAGUGAGAGCAAGGUUCAGUCAUUUUUAGCAUCGCUGGAUGGAGAGAAGCUAGAACUCUUGAAAAAAGACCUAAUUUCUAUCAAAGACAUCUUUGUAGCCAAAGAAUCAGAGAGUGAAGCAAGUCCAGAAGAACAAGGCCUAGAAGAAAAGGGCGAAGAAUUUGCUAGCAUGCUUACCGAACUCCUGUUCGAAUUACACGUCGCCGCCACACCUGACAAACUCAAUAAGGCCAUGAAGAAAGCUCAUGACUGGGUGGAAGAGGAUCAAAGCCUGGUGUCAAUAGAUGUGACCAAAAGACCAGAGGAAGAAGAGAAGAAGGAAGAAAAGGAAGAGCGAGCCAAAGAACCCGAAGAAGACAGAACGGAGGGAAAAGGAACUAAGACUGUAGAGGAAGUGUACAUGUUAUCCAUCGAAAGUCUGGCUGAAGUAACUGCACGCUGUAUUGAGCAACUUCAUAAAGUUGCAGAGUUAAUUCUUCAUGGACAAGAAGAGGAGAAACCAGCUCAGGACCAAGCAAAAGUUCUGAUAAAAUUGACCACAGCAAUGUGCAAUGAAGUAGCCUCCUUAUCGAAGAAGUUUACAAAUUCUCUAACCACUGUUGGGAGCAACAAGAAGGCUGAAGUCCUUAACCCCAUGAUCAAUAGUGUGCUUUUAGAGGGCUGCAAUAGCUCCACAUACAUCCAGGACGCCCUCCAGCUGCUGCUCCCGGUAUUGCAGGUCUCCCACAUCCACACCAGCUGUUCGAAGAUGGAGACCCAGCCAGACUCCAGCUAGUUCAGGGUAGACCAAGCCUCUUCACUACACACCUUUUAAAGGCGAUGAUCUUCAAAGUCACAGGCGGGACCACUCAUCUGAGGACACUACAAGCAAUUUUGCACAGUUUUGCAAAUACAGAGAGUUAACUUUCCCCUUAAUGUAUAUUGUUGUUGUUUUAUCAAUAAUUGUAUUUUCUUUAUAUUAACUUAAACUUAUACUUGUUAUAUUGAAA